AUGGAGUCAGGGACAGCAUUUACAGGGAGAAAGAGGAAUAACCCUGGUCGUUCCAAGUUUGGUUGUUUUACAUGCCGAUCAAAACAUGUCAAAUGUGAUGAACAAUUGCCCGUCUGUCGCAGAUGUGAGCGCUUGGGAUUGACAUGUCAGCCAUAUUGGUCGAAAGAAACACCAUCCCCCAAGCCCCCGAGAACGCUCAAGCAAUUGAGGGCAAAAGGCUCGCCCUGUCCGGAUUCCAGAAGCCCCAGUGACGUCUACUUGGCUCACUCUCCCGCAUCCUUAGACAGCGUUGCAGAAACAUGGCUCGACCAAGUCCAGCUUGCACAGAUGGCAGUCCUGCCCGACACACCCGAGAUGUUGAAUUGUGACAUCUUGGCCAAUGUUUCUGGCUCAAUCAGUCAAGCUUCUGAAUCCCAGCCAGACUCAGUCACCCCGGGUGGAACAAUCGAUUCCUUGGAAUGGAUUCCCCAGAACUCUUUCCCCUUGUCCACAUCGCACAUCCCUUUGCCGAAUUCAUUAGUACUUGGCGAAGAGGAACUUGAUGCGCUCAGACAUUACGAAACUUCAUUUGCGCUUUCACAGACAGCAAAGGAUCCCAAGUGGUCUUUCCCAAAGCUGCUCUUGCGUCAAUCCUCGAACAGUACCAUGGCAAUGCACUUUGCGUUGGCCAUCUCCUUGCAUGAUCUUGAUACGCAAUACGACACGCAGACAAACCGCAGACUGUUGGCCCACCACCACUUUAACAGCGGCUCCUCAAUGUUCAUGCAUGCCGUGUCUGAUAGCAAAGAUCAUGUAGAGAUUCUAUCUUGCCUUUACUACAUCUACAUCUACAUGUCCCGGCAGAGGUUGGUCGACGAGUUCAAACUCCAAAAGCUGAGCCAGAAAACCCUUGAUUAUAUCGACAAACUCGAAUUAGAGUCUCUGGCUAGAUCUGGCCUGACAGAACGACUCAGUAGAGUCGCUCCGAAUGCGGCGAUACGCAGCUUCCUCUGUCGAUUGAUCCUUUGGUUGUACAAGGAGGAUGUCUAUUGCUCAUUCUCUGGGUGUGCCGGGGACGUUGCUAGGUACUUUCAAGGGAAGCCGAAUUUAUUAAAGGCGGUAUGGGAGGUAUCCCGGCCAAUGCUGCAACUCAAUUGGGGUGCGGCUUAUCCAGAGAGCCAGUGCAUCAAUGACAUGGAAAUGUCUCAUGUGGUUGACAUGACCAUCGAUCUACUCUCACUCCGGUUCGAUGUAACAGAGAUGGGUCACUCAAGCUUCAAUCUUUCAGCCUUGCAGAUGAUUGAGGAUACAUUUUCCUUAAUAGAAACAAAAUAUUCUAUCGUCUUCGGCAUCGCGACCUCCCCUACAGCGCCAUCAACGGGAUUGGUAGCAUUUGCAGCCGCUGCUGUUGCCAUCUACCAUGCCAUACGGCUUUGCUGCUACCGAUACACAGAAAAUUCACCCGAGAAAAUACAAACCAUUCCUCCUGAGCAGUGUUUAUCACAACUCCUCGCAGCUGCUCAACGAGCGACCUCGUCGGCUCAUUCGACCUCUAUGUUUGAUGGAUUGCAAUGGGCAUUGUUCAUCGGAGGAAUAGAAACAAAGGACACAAUCCACCGAGACUGGAUUAUGAGUAAACUCAACCUCUCACGCUUCAAGUCAGCCCUCCAAACAAUCAUCGAGGUCGAGGCACAAUUUGGAAGGGUCGGGAUGCAGACAAUCAGUACCAUUCUACGCGGCUCAUAUACCAGCCCAAUAUCUACGACUAGCUAG